CGGGCGGGCGUCACGUGACCGGGACGCGGAAGUGCCUGCAGGAAGGGGGGGCAGCUGCUUCCGGUGCGGGCCGGGGUGGGCGCGAGCAGGGCCGGAGCCGGGGCCGCACCGACAGCGUCCCGCUAUGAGAGAGACGCCGCGGCCCGCAGCACAGCACUAAAUUUGUAAUGAAAUGGAGUCUGGGUCAAGCUCCUUUCGAGUGGAAUUUCCAGAUUUUUCUAGCACCAUUUUGCAGAAGUUAAACCAACAGCGCCAGCAAGGACAAUUAUGUGAUGUGUCCAUUGUGGUUCAGGGCCAUCUCUUCAGAGCCCAUAAAGCUGUUCUUGCAGCUAGUUCACCUUACUUCUGUGAUCAGGUUCUCCUGAAAAACAGCAGGCGAAUAGUCCUGCCUGAUGUGAUGAAUCCAAGAGUAUUUGAAAACAUUCUUCUGUCUACCUAUACAGGCCGGCUGGUAAUGCCUGCACCAGAAAUUGUUAGUUAUCUGACAGCAGCCAGUUUCCUUCAGAUGUGGCAUGUAGUGGAUAAGUGCACUGAAGUGCUUGAGGGAAACCCAACAGUUCUGUGUCAGAAGAUGAAUCAUGGCAGUGACCAUCAGUCCCCAAGCAGUAGUAGCUACAAUGGCCUUGUUGAAACCUUUGAACUUGGCUCUGGAGGACAGGCAGAAUUCCAUAAAGUGCAGGAACUAAGGGAUGGUGAAAAUGAAGAAGAGAGCUCUAAAGAUGAACUGUCGUGUCAGCUGACAGAACACGAGUACCUUCCCAGUAAUUCUUCAACAGAACACGAUAGACUUAGCACCGGAAUGACCAGUCAGGAUGGCGAAGAGGGAACUAGCGAUAGUGCAGAGUACCAGUAUACCAGACCAAUGUAUAGCAAACCCAGCAUCAUGUCUCACAAGCGGUGGAUCCAUGUGAAACCAGAAAGGUUUGAACAAGACUGUGAAGGUGUUGAUAAUCCUUAUGAUGAACACCAAGUUUCUGAAUCUGUGAAUGCCAUCCAGGCAGAUCACUCAAUCCAGUCGUCAGGUGUUGAAGAUUUUCACAUAGGUGACAAAAAGAUGGAAGCAGAAUUUGAUGAACAGGCAGAUGAAAGUAAUUAUGAUGAACAAGUUGACUUCUAUGGCUCAUCUAUGGAAGAAUUUUCUGGUGAAAGGGCAGAUGGAAAUUUAAGUGGUCACAGACAGGAUCUUAUGAUGGCAGCAGGCUAUGGUGAAAGCAUUGAUAUGGCUGCCGGGAUUAAAGAAGAAACGUCUCUCACUGGAUUCUCCCAUGCCGAUAAGCUCUAUCCUUGUCAGUGUGGAAAAAGCUUUACACACAAAAGUCAGAGAGAUCGGCAUAUGAGUAUGCACCUUGGUCUUCGACCUUAUGGCUGUGGUGUCUGUGGUAAGAAAUUCAAAAUGAAACACCAUCUUGUAGGCCAUAUGAAAAUUCAUACAGGCAUAAAACCAUAUGAGUGUAACAUCUGUGGGAAAAGAUUUAUGUGGCGGGACAGUUUUCAUCGGCAUGUGACCUCUUGUACCAAGUCCUAUCAGGCUUCUAAAGCUGAACAGAGUACUACUGAGAUGAACUAAGACAUUAGUGCUUACAUUUGUUUAGUAGAGUAAAAAAAAAUAAACGAAUUAUGCAGAUAAUGUCUGGUACUUGCUAUUGUAUAUUGUCAAAAAAAAAGUUUUAAUGAGUAUGCUGGUAUAAACAGAUUAAAUGUAUUUUACUUCCUGCAAUAUUACUUCAGGUGUUCAGUGUGUGAAGUGCAUGUGGUUAAUCUGAAAGGUGCCUGCAAAAUGAGGUCUGAGAUUGAUUGUAAUCCAGCCGUAUUUAGACACCAUCUUGUAUUUCUAAGUCAUCUAAAUUCACAGCAAAACUCAGCUCUAAAUUGACAAAAUCACAAAAAUGCUUAGGUGAACCAGAAGUUCAGCUAGUACUCCUUAAUGGAAAAGAAAACUAAGGUGACCAAACUGGGUUAUAUGAUUCACAUUUAAAUGAAGAAAAAAAAAGAGCAUUCCACCUCAAGGUGAAAACUGCCAACAUACUCAACAUGCAUCAUUAGGUAGUGUGCAUCAUUCAGUAGCCUUUGUUGUAUUGCGUAAUGAAAGGCAGUGGUAAAGGUCGUUUGGCUUUCUUUUAUCCAUGUUCUGUUUUUUAAAUUUAUCUUUAGUAAGACAAAUGUCUAAUUUUGUGCUGAUUUCUAUUUAGAGUCUGUAAUGCACUUACAGUUUAUCACUAUAUAAACUUCAGUAUAUAUUAAGUAUACAUUAUCCUUGCUUGUCUAGGGUCUUAUGCUGUAUGACUCUUUACUUCAUUAGAUUUUAAUUAUUACAUUGUGAGAGCUUCUAGAAGUGUGUAAUAAGUAUGUCUUAUUAAAAAAAAAUGACACCAACAAAGAGUAAGAUGUAACAUUUGGAACUUAGUCAAAAUAAUCAAAUAUUUGAAGUGUAAAUUUCUGUUCAAAAUUUUGUGGCUUACUACAGUAGCAAGUACCAAACUCUUGAUUCAUGAACUGACUUGUUAUUGGUACAAAAACUUCUUUGAGAUCUUCUAUCUAGUUUUAGAAACCUGCAUUAGGAAAAUUACAUAGUCAUUGAUACAUACUUAUACUUUUAAUUCUUUACUAUUUGAAUAGUAGGAAUUAUAGUACAGAUUCUUGGUACUGAACUGCUGUGGCUGGUGACCACAAACAGAGUUGUUUACUUCCUCAAAUGAAGUUGUUUGUGGAAAAAUGUAGGAAGUAUGCUAUUUGGCCCUUCUAAUGGUACUGCAGAACAUGGUACCAUGCUUACGUCUGAAGUUGGGAUUUUGCUGGGAAAGUGACACUUGUUUUUUGUUAGGAUGAGGAUCUAGGUGUGGAGCUCUCAUUCAUGGAGAGAGAUGGAGGAGUGUGUAUAAUUCUAAGGGAUGAUGCCAGCUCUGCAGAUUGAGUAAAGACAUCAGUUGUAAAGGUGACAACAGGAUUUUGGGGUUGAAAGCUUAAUGCAGUCCAAUGCAAAAGCAAUUGCUUCUUGGUAAGCAAAAGCUUCUUAGUAGCUUACUGAAAUAAGAAAAGGAAAGAGCCUUUAGAACAUGCAUAGAAUAUAAUAGAAAGAGGUGAUAUCCAAGUACAGUGCUGUUCACAUGGCGAAAAUGUUAACGAGCAUUAAAGACCUAAGCUUGUCUCGCCCCAGUUUCUGUAUUAGGCACUGCUGUGUGCAGGAUAAUGUACUGAAACAGAUGACCUUGUAUGGUGAAGCAAAACUACACAAAGAUUAUUACAUUUCAAAUUCUUUUUUGAACUCCCAGUUACAAAUUGUCUUAAGAUACAACUGAACUGUAUCCUGAAAAUGAAUGUUUGCUACAAGCUGAGGGUUUUCCACUCAGUGAGCUAUAAUUACUGUAAUUUCUUUACUGGCAUUCUACUUUAAAACCUUUUUUUUAGGCUCUUAAUUAUUAAUCUUCCAAUGCUUCAAAUAUCUUUUCAUAUGGAAUUUUGUUAAAAGAGAUGUUCCCAAGUACAGUGAACCCAUUGCUGGCAAUGGGCAUGAAUGAUAAGCACCACAGAGUUCCUCUUCUUAGCACUUAAUUGAACUCUACAAAUACCAUGGUGGCCAUGCUUAACCUUUGUGAUCAAGGUACUGAAACAGGGAUUUUGCUCACUAACACUGUAACCUGCUUAAUGUAUAGAAGCACUUUGUAUUUAAACAAAACAAACCCACAAACAAAACAAAUAAAAACAAAAAACCAAACAAACAAAACAGCAAACAAACCAUAAAACUUAUAAGUGUGUUUUUUAAACUGAGAAAUUAUAUUUCCUCUCUGGUUUGUUUACACACUGCUAACACUGUCCUUUUUAAUACUAAAAAAUACUAUAAUGCUUGCCGGUUUACAUGAGGGUAGAGGAAAGGGUUCUUACUACUCGGUGACCCUAUUUUUCCAUUCUCCAAGGCCUUACCACAUACAUGGUGUACUUUCUGCGAGUACCAUCAUCACAUUUGAAGGAAGGCAUUAGAAUCAUAGAAUGGUUUGGGUUGGAAGGAGACUUUGAAGGUCAUCUUCUUCCAACGCCCCUGCCAUAGGCAUGGACACCUUCAACUAGGCCAGGUUGCUCAGAGCCCCAUUCGACCUGGCCUUGAACAUGUACAGAAUGUUUAUUCUCAUUUCAAGAAUGAUCUUGUAUAUUACAUUAGUUCUCAGCCCCUUUCCAAUUGUCUCUUUAGUUUUGCAUAAAAAGUUUAAGGGUGCCUCUUCCUGUUUAACCAUUAAAAAGGCUGGACAGAAACACCAGUCUGAAAACUGGUCAAACUAAGACCAUCCUACAGAGCUGCCAGCAAAACUGUUUCUUUUACCAGCUUGGAAUGACUUUUAUAUGGGAUGUUUCAAGGUUUAACAUUACUUCUAUUUGCAGUUAGAUUACUUUGAAAUAAAGCUUUAAAAUCAAAUGUACUGUGAGAGACACUUUAAAGAUUUUAUAACAGGUUCAGUAGAUCAUAUUAUAGAACCAUGUCCUUUUUUAAUGACUUAGCAUGAAUAGUAACUUCUUAGUAUUUGCCUCUUGCUGUUUUACCCCAUAUUAUGGCAUUGUCUUAAAAGUCCAACACAUGUUGCUCCACUGAUUUUGUAGCACUUGGCUUUCUGCUGUUAAUUUACAUGAAACCAAUUGAUUGCAGUAAAAUACUGAUCUGACUGUCAUGAGAUCAGGUUGAGAGAAUUGAUGAUUUAAGGGCAGCUUCAGAUACAUGUCUAAAAUCCUUACUUUUGCAUGUCACAGGUGAAAGAGUUAUCUUGUGGUGUUUUUCUUGAACUCAGUUUAUUGCCCUUUGUCAAACUUCUAAUCACCAUUUCAGGUACUGGAGGGGAAAGAUAAAAAAUUAUUUAAAACAUCUUCCUCAGGCUCAGCUUAAGUCCAACACCUCUUCUCCCUGCCUAUGUAGUCUCAGUUUCCCUUGCUUUCACAGAGAGUUGUAUUCAGCUCCUGCCAUUUCCUUUAUUGAGGUGACAGGUCACACAGGAGGUUGGGCUCAUAUGCUCUCUUACUUGUCUGAUGCUCUUCAUUUCUUAGUGGGUGUCCUCCAGUGCUCUGGGCUGCUCAUCAUCACUAUUCAUGGUGACACUGGGCCACAAUCCCUUGGGGAUGUGUCUGUUCCAGCUUGGUUCUUGGUGAAACUCAGUUAUUUCAGAGGUGUACUGCUCUGGCAGGGCUUAGCUGUAGGCCAAAGCCCUCUUAGAAGUGAAUCUUCUCAGGCAGGGUGUGUGUCCUUCUGUGAGUAUGUCUAUACAUGUUCUCGGUGACUUCUUCAGGUGUUUUCUCAAGAGCAGCUCUUCAGUUUCUCCACAUGUACCCAGGAGUAUUCUCUCCAUGUGUCUCCCUGCACCUCUUGCUAGCAGCUGCCACUCUUCCUUAAGUAUGUUUAAACAGAAGCAUUAUGUACACCUCUGAUUGAGAUUUUGGCUUGCAGUGGAUUGUUCACUUCCAUUUUUUGUGCAGGCUGAACUUCUUUUGACUAGCACAGGGCAGCUUGCAGCCUGUAGCCAUGUGUCACCCUUGCAGUCCCUGCCACUGCAGUUGAACAUAGCAAGCCAAUAUAAACAUACACAGCUUCUGUCAAGCUUGUGAUCUUUGCUAAUGGAGUGGUCUUGUUCAAGGUACAAAAAAUUAUUUCUUAUUUGUGUGGAGGAGGGAAGCAAUCCAUAUAUAUAUAUGUAUAUAUAUAAUAUGAAUGCAUAUGUAUAUGAUGAUUUUCAUUAAUCUUCCCGUAUGCUUCAUUACCUUUGAUGAUGUGGCUGUUGGCUGUAGAAAAGUGAGUGUCUUCUGAGAAUCAGCCAACAUUGUUCACCCAGGUGGCUUUCUGACUUUCCUGCUGCUUUGAAGCCAUUCAUUGUCCUAGCAGUGGUAAGAAGACUUAAUGAUACUACAGCUAAGUUCCUUUUCAUUCCAUUUUGUAACUAUGAUGUUAAUUACCAUGGAAUCUGUGUAACUGCCAUUCUGAGAAAUUCAACUGUUAGCAGGGUCAAAAUCUGCUUAGGUGUAUAUUGCACCCUUUUGAGGGACAAGAUUCCUAUUUCACACACCGGUGUUGGUUUGCGGGGUGCUUUUUUGUUGUUUCAUUUUUUAAAGUUUCCUUGUUAGUUUUAUGGGUGAGCAGAUAGACCCUAGAAGGUAUUGUCAGUACAGUUUUUGGUCACAGCUUUUUUCUUCUGAGGUGUGUCUGAGGUUGAGAAAUCGUCCUGUAUCAUAAGCAAGGCAGAUGAUCAAAGGUGUUGAGCGUUCCAGUAUUAUUGAUCCUGAAAGACUGGAGGCACAUCAGGAUUUGUAAUCUCAAUACUUUUGCCUGGGUGCCAGCAAGGUGACCUGUCUGAAUUAUGAGAGCCUACAGCACCACACUGAGUGUUUUGCUGUAACAGAAUUAGGACUGUUCUCAAAGCAACAAAGGAAAGUUGGUGGGUUUUUUGUCUUUUAAAUGCUUCAUUGGAUAGCUUGGCUUCUUUUAGCUAUUAGCUGUAAACUGUCAGUGGCCUAGGGGAAGAUGCUGGAAAAGAAAAUGGUAUAUUUUUAAUGUGAUUAAAUUGCAAGUUCUGAUUUUUGCUUGAA